CGACAACUGGAACUAGCCGUAACCUGCCUGCACAGACAUGUCAUUAGUGUUGAUUUAGUUCGUUUAACCAAGCAGGCUUGAGAGAUUUGUGGUCACCCCAAAAUGGAGACAGCGAGGCUUCCAAGUAGGCGAGGAGCAUGGACAUGGGGCAGUAAUGGACGUCAUAAUCAAGGCUAAUGAUGUCCAAGGUAUGCCUACUCUCGGGAUGGGGAGCCAUCCAUCACUCCUAAGAACACUGCAGGCAUGUCAAGCUGGGCCACGCAUCAAUGCUGAGUCACAUUGACAAGCUGAAAAUCAACAGGCUUUAUCAAUAACAUGUCCACACCUUCCACAAACAUGAGACAAACAACCUCAACAGCACAUAUGAUUAUAGCUGUCAUGCGUUAUGGAAGAUAUGCCUACUCUGAAGCUGGUGGACCAACAGUAAUCCCCAAACCAAACUGGGUUGUAAGGAUCUACAUCCCAAUUGUGCAACGAGACGGAUCCAGUGCUCUUGGUAUUCACAAGAUAAAUGUUUUCUAUAGCUGUGGUAGGUAAACUGAAACAGUGGUGCAUGUCUUAAAUAGCUCCUUUUUAAAUGGCUCCUAAUGAGUAAAUCGUCGUUUUGGAAGGCCAAACUGACUGAAUACAAAUUAGCGUCAUUUGUCACACAAGCCUCCUCGCCCUCAGUUUCCUUGUUACACAUUAUGAAGCAACAAGUCAUAGCACAUUCUCUGAUGCAGAACUCAUAAUAUUACUUAACCUCCACGUGACAGUUGACACUGCUCUACUUGUGUCUAGUAGACUUACGGACUGUACAGAUGUCACAUCUCUUAUUGUGCGCAUGACCACUGGGCCCCAUUGUUCAUUAUACACGACGUGUCCGACAAGUUCCAGGACUGGUGUCACAAAAGAUACAGUAUGUUUCCAAUCCAAACUACAGGUUUUCCCCUUCAAAGUAAUCCCCCUCGAGUCUAACGCACUUUCCUCGGCUUCUCUGCCACACCUUCAUGCACUCCAGCAAAAAUUCCCGCAGCACACCUGAUCUCUUACUUGCACAAGUGCUGUAGUCAUUGCUAAACCAUGUCACAUGUGUCUUUCUAUGGUCUUAGCGACUAAUGGUAGCUUGAAACUUUUUGGGGACUUUGGUCCUGUACCGAAAAUGCCAAUCAACGCGAGUGCUAAAAGUGCUAAGUUGACAUGGUUUUAGUGUGAUACUUAUUUCUGUCAGGCGGCACGGUGGACGACUGGUUAGCACAUCCGCCUCACAGUUCGGAGGACGGGGGUUCAAAUCCCGGCACUGCCUGUGUGGGGUUUGCAUGUUCUCCCCGUGCCUGUGUGGGUUUUCUCCGGGCACUCCACACACAUCCCAAAAACAUGCAUGGUAGGUUAAUUGAAGACUCUCUAAACACCCUGUAGGUGUGAAUGUGAGUGCCAAUUGUUGUUUGUUUAUAUGUGCCCUGUGAUUGGCUGCCGACCAGUUCAGAGUGUACCCCGCCUCUCGCCCGAAGUUCACUGGGAUAGGCUCCAGCAUGCCCGCAAACCUAAUGAGUAUAAGUGGAACGGAAGAUGAAUGAAUGAAUUUAUUUCUGUCUUGCUUUCAAUAAUAACCAUCUCUUCAAUCCAGCCCCUGCACCUUUUGCAGCUUUAGUUCAUUUAAUAAAUCUCUCAGCGCACACUCUUUGAUCAUUAUUAUUAUUAUUAUUAUUAUUUUUACCGAACACCAUCCUCAAUUAGUCUGGCAUCAAUUUUAAAUGUCAGAUCUCAAAUUAAUGGCAUCGCAACAGCCCAGACUUUUUGUGCCAAACCAAAUGCCAGAUUAUAUCGCAUGAUCAUUUACUACAAAAAUGAGUAAGUUAAAGUAAGUACAAUAAAACUGGUGUUCUGUUGACUAUCUUAAUGUUAUUAGCGAUGCGAAUAUUCAAGAAUAUUAUGUAAUACAGUUGAAGCACCAAUGCCUUAACACUUUCCUACAAUCACAUAUUUUUGUUUCUUCAUCAGUCAUCUUGAAAGGUGUUAAUGCUCCUUGAAAAAUAGUUCUGAUUGCAGACUUCUUAAGCCAGCAGACUGGCUAAAACAGAAUUAUCAGUGCCCCCUGCUUGCCGCCAAGUAGUGUACUUCAUUUGCCUUUCUAGGUUCCACGGUAGGCUAUGUAUUUUUUAGAGUUAUCUUGACGUUGAUGUUGUUUUUAUUGACUCACUUAUAACAAUAUUUCAAUAUUCCUAAAAAAAAAAAAAAAAAAAAAAACUUUAGCGGGGGCUAUAAUAAAAAGCCAUUUAAACCCCAAAUUUUCAUAAUAUCUAAUAAGAAACAUUUGCUUGAUAGUUACAUUAUAUUUUUCCAUCCAUUUAGUAUAACCCAGCUUUUAGCUAUUAUUUUGACUGUAUAUUUUUUAGAUGUACAAUAACAAUCUAUUACCAUGCAACUUGUACGGAAAGUACCAUAACCACCAAUAAAAUGUAAAUUUAAGAAAUUGUUUGUCUUCAUCCAUGUGAUAAAAUUGCUUGUAGUUAAUUGUACAAACAACAGAAGCUAGAAGUCUGCUUAUGUUAAGUAGACUUCUAUUGUCUGUUUGUUUGUAUAACAAUGUAAAUAAUUUUUCAUGAAAUUAAUGUUCAACUUCUCACAAACUACUAAAAUCUGAUAUAUUAAACUUUUGUUUUUCCAUGCAAGUAUUUUGUUAAUCUAAAACCAAUGAAAUUAAGGUAAGAAUGUGUUAGAUACAAACAGAACAUUCAGUUGCAUGCAACCAUCUAAGAUAAGAAUAAAAAUGCAUUUUAUUUCUUUCUUUAUUUAAAAUGUUUUAUGGGUGUGCCAUGAUACUGUCUCGGUCCAAGGGAAAUAAAUCUCAAAAUCAUAUUUUUUCCCCUUUAAUCCAAAACACAAAAGUUUUUUUGUUUGUUUUUUGAAGACAAUACAGCAUGUUGCAUCUGUGUGUGUGUGUGUGCGUUCGUGUUUUUUCCUUACAUUCCCCCCCCCCCCCUCCCCCAACCAAUGAGAUUCUGAGAAGAUGGCGUCCACAUUGCUGACUACACUUUGGAAGACUAACACGCUGACCUACUUGGCCAAAACGUGAACCAUACAGGUCAAUCUGCAGCUGUAGGAUGGCAGCACUGCUCCACGUGGGGCGGGGGAGAGAUGAGCUGCAAAGUCAUGUGAAGAGGACCCCGAAGUGGGCGUGGAGAGCCCGCCCAGCCCCCUUUUCAGCGUGCGAUCAUGAACAAACUAUAUGUUGGGAAUCUAAGUCCUUCGGUCACUGUGGAGGACUUGCAGCAGCUCUUCGGGGAGAGGAAGCUGCCCGCGGCCGAGCAGGUCCUCGUCAAAUCCGGCUAUGCCUUUGUGGACUUCCCCGACCAGAACGCGGCCGUGAAGGCUAUCGAGACUCUCUCGGGCAAAGUGGAAUUGCACGGAAAGGUGAUAGAGGUGGACUACUCUGUUCCCAAGAAGCUGAGGAGUCGGAAGAUUCAGAUCCGGAACAUUCCCCCUCAUCUACAGUGGGAGGAUUUCGACGGCCUGCUAGCUCGAUAUGGUACUGUAGAAAACGUGGAACAAGUCAACACUGACACAGAAACAGCAGUGGUGAAUGUUACAUACGCAACCAAGGAGGAAGCUAAAGAAGCCAUUGAGAAGUUGACAGGACAGCAGUGCGACGACUUCUCCUUCAGGGUGUCGUACAUCAUGGAUUUGGACGCCGCUCCGCCCAUCCAGGCCGCCCGAGGUCGACGCGGCGGCCGGUUGUCGCGGGACCAGGAGACACCUCAGCCCGGACCCUCCGGAGGCUUCGGCGCCCCGCGGCCCCGGCAGCAACAGGACUUUCCUUUGCGCAUGCUCGUGCCCACUCAAUUUGUGGGCGCCAUCAUCGGCAAGGAGGGACUCACCAUCAAGAACGUCACCAAGCAGACGCAGUCGAAAGUGGACAUCCAUCGGAAGGAGAACGCGGGCGCGGCCGAGAAGCCGAUCACCAUCCACUCGUCCCCGGAGGGCUGCUCCUCAGCCUGCCGCAUGAUCCUGGACAUAAUGCAGAAGGAGGCCAACGAGACCAAGAUGCCGGAGGAGAUCCCCCUUAAACUCCUGGCCCACAACAGCUUGGUGGGCCGCCUCAUUGGGAAGGAGGGCCGCAACCUGAAAAAGAUCGAGGAGGAAACAGGGACCAAAAUAACCAUCUCCUCGUUACAAGACUUAACCAUUUACAACCCAGAAAGGACCAUCACGGUGAAGGGCAUCUUGGAAGCGCUUUGUAAAGCGGAGGCGGAGAUCAUGAAGAAACUGAGGGAGGCCUACGAGAAUGACGUAGCUGCUAUAAAUCAACAGGCCAACCUUAUCCCAGGCUUGAACCUCAACGCUCUGGGCAUCUUCUCCUCUGGUCUGCCGGUGCUGCCCCCAGUUGCUGGACCUCGCGGUUCAGUCCCCCCUGUGGCACAAGCAGGAUACAACCCAUUCUUAAGUCACUCUUCACAUCUCAGUGGCCUGUACGGGGUUCCUCCAGCAAGUGCCAUCCCCCACCAGCACUCAGCUCCAGAACAGGAGGUUGUCUACCUCUUUAUUCCAACUCAGGCAGUGGGAGCUCUCAUCGGCAAAAAAGGCCAGCACAUCAAGCAGCUCGCCCACUUUGCAGGAGCCUCCAUCAAGAUCGCCCCAGCUGACAGCCCCGACGUCACCGAGAGGAUGGUGAUCAUUACCGGAACGCCAGAGGCUCAAUUUAAGGCCCAGGGUCGGAUAUUUGGGAAGCUGAAAGAGGAGAACUUCUUCUCUGGGAAGGAGGAAGUCAAACUGGAGACGCACAUAAAGGUUCCUUCGACUGCAGCCGGAAGGGUCAUCGGGAAAGGUGGCAAGACGGUGAAUGAGCUUCAGAACCUUACGAGCGCGGAGGUCAUCGUACCGCGGGACCAAACUCCAGACGAGAACGACGAAGUGUUUGUGAAGAUCAGUGGGCAUUUCUUCGCCAGUCAGACUGCACAGAGGAAGAUCCGGGAGAUCAUUCAGCAGGUCAAACAGCAGGAACACAAACACCAGCGAGGUGCCGCCAGUUCACCACAACACUCCAAGUGACCAGCGGCCAAUGAAUGUAACCCUCCCCAAAACGGACAGAGACCUCUAGUCAGACAACGACCGCGUCCCGAGAGGGAACGCGCAGGGCAGACCAGCAGCGGCGGGAUCAAAAAAUAACCAAAGAACUUCAUCGAGGAGGGGAAGCGAGCGAGAGCCAAAGGCGGUGAGCGUCGUUCGUGUGCACUGCCAGCCCUGCGACAGCACACGCAGCAGGAUACUGAUAUUGCAAGAACAACAAAACAACAACAACAAAAGGCGGAGAAGCGUCUUCACACGGUAAAACAGGAACUAGCACGUCACUCUGCGUAUUUGUUCUCUUUAGUUGGAUUAACAUACUGUAGGCCUAACUCGGAUAAAGCGACUGUAUUAACGACACAAUUAAAACAAGUUGGAGAUGAACUAUCCUUAGCAGUAUUAACACAGGGUAGACGACUUUAUUGACAUUUACAAGAGCAACCACAUUGAGCAGUUCCCCUACUUUGGAAAAAAAAAUCAAAAAGUACAAGCCCUAUUUGGAAAUAUGGUGAAUGUUUUUUUUUUUUUUUUAAACAAGCCUCUGUGUGUGAAUGUUUGUGUGUGUGUGUGUGUGUGUGUGUGCCAAUGCUUCUCAUCAAUCUUUUUUCCCCUUUUCAUCACUCUCUCAUCAGUCAAAUACUGUAUGUUAUUUGAGGAGGAUAAAGAAUAUUUGAAUGUGUGAAAUCCCCACCUCGCCUGUUAUAUACAUAAAUGUAUUUCAAUAAAUUUAAAUAUGGUAGCAAAGUUCAUUUAUUUCAGUAGUUGAAUUGAAAAAGUGAAACUCACUUACAUACAUUGGACAAAUUCAUUAAGCAGGAAGAUACUUUUCGGAAGGUGGAUUCCUAACUAAUUUGUGUUGAGUUUUUGCUAGCUUUAAGCUAUAAUGCUAAAAAAUUCUAAAAAAUAAAAUCAGGAAAUAGUUUACUCUUUGUGUAGUGAAUCUAUAUAAUAUACAGUAAAGUUUCACUAUUUGAAUUAAACUACUGAAUUGAAGCUUUCCACGAUAUUCCAAUUUAUUGAGAUGCAUCUAUAUGCGCAACGGUUAAAUAAUGACAAAUUUCGCGGUGCUAAUGAUAAAUAAUCAGAUUUAAAGCAGAACAAAAAAAUGGACUACUUCUAAGUCCCACUAGUCAGUAGAACUUUUUCAUGUGACGUCACUUCCGCUACCCAUUAUCUUAAGGUGAACAAAUGAUUAGCUAAAAUCAUCAAAAAAAAUAGGAUGGCCAUUUAAACUACAUUUCCGUGAUUGACUUUAGGGAAAAAAAAUGUUAUCUCUGAAUGUUCAUAUUGGACUUUACAUUUUUUUCCUUAUUUUGCUCUUCUGCCUUUCCUCUGUGACGUGCAUGCACUCACAAGUGACAACGAGGCGCUCUAAAGCAGCACGCCAGCCCUGCAGCCCCGGUGGUCCACACGCUGGCUGUCAGACGACAGUUGUUCAAAUAGCAAGCACUGGGCAUUGCUUACUUUCCAUUGUUUGAAAUGUGAAGGUUUUAUGUCAUUAUCUAUUAGCACAGUACGGGAGUAAAAGCGAAGCUCAAUCUAGGAAGCGGUGUGACGUCACAGCGAAAGGUUUCUGCGUAUUUGAAUGUGCGCACACUCGGCCUUAAGGGGGUGUGUCGUGUGAGGAUGGCUGUGUGGUUUUUGCAUGGAGGCAAAUGUGAAGGCAGGGGUGGUGCUCGUAGGCCCCCCCCUCAAUGGCACAAAGUAAGCGGGCUGGUGUUAACCCUCUCAGGGUCCGGGAAGCUUUGUUAAAAAAGGGCCGUGACAGCUGUGAAUGUAUCAAACGCAGCCUUUUUAUUAUUUUUUCACUUUAAUCCUAAACAAAGCAGCCCUCGCCUUGUCCAGCAGGCCAGACAGUGAUUUUCACCCUUGAGUUUUGUUUCCUAUGCUGGCCAUGCGGGUCCCUCUAAAGCCUUAUUUUAUCACUCUACAUCGCAAAGGUUAUUGCCACACCUUCCUCCAUGUGUUUGUGUGUGUGUGCGCACGCGUGUGUAAGUAUAUAUAUAUAUAUAUAUAUAUAUACAUAUAUAUAUAUAUAUAUAUAUAUAUACAUACAUAUAUAUAUAUAUAAAGAGUAAUAUUUAUGAAUCUAUUUUUUCCUAUUUUGUGAUGAGAGCUAUUGAUAUGAAACAAAAGAAAACAUUAAGUCCUGUUCGUUUUCUUUUUUUGCCCUUAGUGGGACACUGCCAUAUUGUUUUGAAGGGAAGUGUUUAUUUUCUUGAAAAUGAUUAUAAGGAGAAAAAGCUGAAAAAAAUAAAUAGAUAUAUGGGAGAACCGUAAAAAUGAACCACCACAGGAUGUAAACAGCGCGCAUGUCAGUAUUGUGAUCUACCUCAGGCUUCAGGGUACCUCAGUCCAAUCUUUCAUUUCCCCUCAACCCCCCGUUUUUUGUAUGCCUUGUUAACUGAUCAUUUUGAUCCCUUUUCUUUUUUAAUGAAUUUACAAAAGAAACAAAAAAACAAGAAGAACAUGAUGAGCCAUCUCCUGUAACGCGUAGUCUUUGUCGUACGACUUCUUUGCUGACACGUGAGUUCCAAAAUGGUUUGUGCAAGAGCAUUAUGGAAUGGGGGUCCGAUUGGCAAUGUCGUGUACUGAUUACGUCAUUGCUAAAAAAAAAAAAAAAAAAAAAACAUGGGGGAAGAAAACAAAUGCAAAUCAGACGAUAGAAACUUAACCAACUGUACCUCCUAAAAAUAAAACAAAAAGUUAAGGAAAUUUGUGUUGGGCUGAUUAUACCAUCCACCUUCUUGUACCAUUGAAAAACCUGUGUAAUUCCCAUUUAAGCAAUGCCACAUUUGUGAGGAAUAUGCAUUUGUGGGACGAGCUGCACAACUGAAUAUCAAUGCAUUCAUUUUCUAUGGCGCUUGUCCUCAUUCAGGUUGUAGAUGAGCUAAGCUUGCCACCUUGACUUCUGUUCAAAACUAGUUAAAUAACCAAAUGCAGGGGCAAUUAUGCAAUAUGCUGAUGUGAUUAUUAGGGCUUACCACAGAGAACAUAUUAGGUAAGGGACAAAAAAGUGACACAAAGGGCCUGAUUUACUAAGAUCCCAAGUCGCAGCCAAAGUAAUACCAAAUGCAGUCGUUAAGUGUUUCUUUAGCAUAAUAACUCACAUGGUUCAAACUGUUACUGUUGCAGUGCAUCCUUCAUUUCCUAGUCUGAAGACAAACUAUUGAUGUUGCACUUUCCUAAAAGGAGAAGAUUUAAGCUGGCGCAGUAUUUGAAGUAUCCCGCUAAGGACACUUUAGUCUUAAAUGAACCUAACGUGCAUGUUUUGGGAAUGUGGGAGGACGCAAGAGCUGGUGAGGCACAUGUGCUAACAACUCGUCCACUCUGGUGACUUCCUUAACCCAUUUAAAAGGGAAUUAAGCAGGCUUUCCAAUGGUACAAGUAGCAUUGUUGCAACCGAGAAAUAAUCUACCCAACCCAUUUUCCCCAAUUUUUUCUUUUACCUUUUUUUCCCUAACUGUACCUCCAGGGAAAAAAUAAAUAAAUUGACCUGUGAAAAAAUGAAUUUUGUGACACACCAACUGUGUAAUUCUCUGUUGGUGAUUUUCAUUUUAUUUUUAUUUUUUUAAGACAAAAAGAAACACAGAGCUGCAAAAAUACACUGACUCUUGAAAAAAAAAAAUGUGUAGAAUGUAGAACUUUUAGCUGGUGACUCGAGUGGAUGUGAGACGACAGAAGUGUAAAACGUGUACAAUAGCGUCUCACGCAAACGCAUAUCCUGUUUCCUGUUGUGACCCGAGCGUCACCGCCGUUCUGCCCUCAUCCGUUUUUUUUUUUUUUAUUUUGUGCUGUGUAUAUUAGAGAAUUACCUCUCAUAAUCAAAGGCUGACCUUUAUUUUUAUUCGAUGAUGUUGGAGUCCCGGUGAACACACACAGUAACAGUCACCUCACACAAAGCCUGAGGCUUUUCCGAGCCAGCCUCCCUGCCUCCUUCUCCCAAUCUUAGCUGCUGAGCGCAGCACCCCCACCCGAGGGUGCUCUGGUAGUUGACCUUUUUUGUUUUGACUUUGCAGAGGACUGUCUGUUUUUUUGCCCUCUACUCUUUGGAACUCUUUUAAGUGCAGCGUUCCCUCUCCAAGGUUGGAUGCACUUCGACCUUGCUGCGAGGUGGCGCGCUUCCUUUAGCGAGGAUUGUGGUGUUUUCUAAGGUUUUUGGGGGUGUUGCUAGAUUUAAUAUUCAGUACCUGAAAACCACACUUAAUACACGUCACUGAGGAUGUAUUAUUAGCGAUGUUUAGUCAUAUCACAAUGGUGGUUGAGUAGUUGUCGUUUCUUUUUUUUUUUCUAGGGUUAUUUUGUCUUCUGUUGAUCCGGUUUUCUCGUCACCGACACUGUUUUGAUGAUUCUUAGCUUUAAGUUUCAUUUCGGCUUAGACUGCUGCCGAUACUUAGCUGCGCCACCGUGGGUUUAAAGUCAAAAACGGCGAACGGCACUCCGUUGAGGGCAGACCUCCGCCAAGCCCCAAACAAUAAUUCGCAGCAUUAUCAAGACAAAAAAAAAAAAAAAAAAAAAGCAUUAUAGACUUCUGCAAAGAAUUAUCGCCUUCCUAAAUACGAAGGAGUGUUCGGGCCACACUCAAGAGAAAAUAAUCAUAUGAGAAUAAAAUUUUUUAAUUACAAGAAUAAAGUACAAAACACAAAAAUAUCUUCUGCAAAGGAGUAUUAAGGCCAAACUAAAAAGAAAAAAGACUACUAUAAGACUCACGUUUGUAAGUCACAGAAUAAAGUUGGAAUUUUACAAGUCAUAAUAUUACACAUAUAAAAGUUGUAGUACUGUAUGACGAAAAAUACAUUCUAUGAAGGAGAUUUAUGGUCAUACUAAAAAGAAAGAGAUAAAAGCUAUUGAAUUACGAGGAUAAAUUUGAUGUUAUGUGAGAAAAGUCAGAAUAUUAUGAGAAAAUGCUAUUAAUUUUAUGUGACUAUGAGAAUAAUAUUGUGAUUUUAUGAGUUAAAAUGCAAUGAAAAAUAAAUAUUUUUCAUGACGAUUAGGGGCAUAGUGAACAGACAAAACAUACUAUCCAUCCAUUUUCAACACCGCUUAUCCUGGAUAGGGUCGCGGGACGCUGGAGCCGAUCCCAGCUGACUUCGGGCGAAAGGCGGGCUACACCCUGAACUGGUCGCCGGUCAGUCGCAGGGCACAUAUAGACACGGACAACCAUUCGCACUCACAUUCACACCGUCACUGAGUGGGAACUGAACCCACGCUGCCCGCACCAAAGUCAGGCGAGUGUACCACUACACCAUCAGUGACCAAAACAUACUACUACUGUUAAAAUAGUAUAACAAGAAUAUCAUAAAAUAAAGUGAAACAAAUUAUUAGAAUAAAAUCUUACAAGAGGAAAAAAAGGUUUCAACAACACCAGAAAAAAAAAACUACAAGAAUUGUCUUAGGUACUUAGGAGCAGACAGAAGAGAAAAAAGGAAUACAAUUAUGGCAAUUAAGUUGAAAUAGUUCAACAAUAUAGUAGUGCUUGUAGACGAAAAAGUCAUAAAAUGCAGAAAAAAACAAUUAUGAGAUUAAAGUCUGGUUUACUGUCAAACUCAACAUAAAAUAAUAGAGAAUGACAAUUUGUGUAUUUUAAACAUCCGCAUAACUUUGGCUUAGGAAAGUCUGCUAGCCUAAUGCAAACACACAAUACAAAAUGCCACAGAUGGGCUAACAAAUUCAGCAUCAAUGUCGCGGUAGUUAUAAACAUUUAUGCGAGCUUAGUCACAAAAUUAAUUAAACUCAUAAGUGAGGACAUCAAUCCAUUAGGAUUCUUUUGUCAUACAUAGUCUUUUUCUAAUUGUAAUUUUUUUCUCUUCAGCGUGGCCUUAAUAGUGGUUGGUGUCAUUUUUGUGUGUAAACCUGGUGACUGACAAAGACAGCAUUAUUUUCCUUGGCGGAGGUAAUGAAGAAACAAAAGGAGAUUGACAAGAGGAUCCAGGUGUGUAAGAAUAGAACAUUAGGACACGGUAGCGCAAAGGGCAAUGGACGACGAGUACAACUCCAGCAGUAUUUUUGUUCAAUGACGUUUGGAUGCCAGACGCCUCAUAUAGCACUAAACUUCUACUAGUGGUUUUACACAUCUCGCCAUUUGGGAGAUUCCUCGUGUGUGAGUGCGUGUACGCGUGUGUUCGAUAAGCGAAACCCCUCCAAUGUCCCACGGGCCGAAGGGUCUCAAACACGUCACAAGGUCACGGAUGAUGUGCGCCGGACUGACGUGGGAUCCGCGUUUUGACGCUGUUGCGCCGGCCGGAUCCGUGCCUUUCCGGUCCCCGAGCGUACUGUUGUUUGACUUGUGAGUGAACUGUAUUGCUGAGCAAAACCUGGAUCUGAGCAAUAAACACCAUUUGAAAGAUGA